AUGAUCGUGUUAUUGGUUACACUGCUCUAUCUCCAUCAAGGAUAUACACUUAUCCCGAUAACUUCAAUUCAACUUGGUGAAACUGUAACCUUCACAUGUGAUCUGCGUAAGAAUUCACAGUUCAGCCGUAGAGAAGCCGACUGGUACAAGCAGAGUACUGGGGACUCUCUAAAAUUAAUAUGGACACUGAAGGAAUCUGCACAACCUGAGUUUUCUGCUGGGUUUAACCAAUCAAGAUGGAAGGUUAAUUACAAUGAAAAUUUCACCAACCUGACCAUUUUGAGGGCAAACCAAGAGGACGAGGGAAUCUACCACUGUGGAAUCACCGAGUGGUUCAAGAACACUGAAUGGAGCGGCACAUAUUUGUUAGUCAAAGGACGCACUCAAAGGACAUCGGACUAUACUGUUGUUCAGUCACCACUGACAACAGUCCAACCAGGAAACUCGGUGACUUUUCAGUGCUCAGUCUUCUCUGACUCUGACAAAAAGACAUGUCCCGGAGAUCUCACUGUGCUCUGGUUCAGAGCUGGAUCACAUAAAAGUUAUCCAAAAGUAAUCUACACUGAUAGAAACAAAAGUAAAGAAUGUGAUAAAAGAGCUGACCCCCAGAAGAGCUGCAAUUAUACUUUUUCUAAAAUCGUCAGCUCGUCUGAUGAAGGGACUUACUACUGUGCUGUGGCCACAUGUUGGGAAUUAUUCUUUGGAAAUGGAACUAAACUUCAAAUAGGUAAGCAAAAGGCAGGUUCUGAAUUUACUGUGCUGGUUAUAGCAAUAAUCUGCUUGUUUAUUUCUGUGAUUCUUAAUAUUGUUUGCAUCUGUUGCCGAACUCCAAGAGCAGCAUGUAAACAAUUUAAAGAAAACAGGUCUUCACAAGCAAGACAAGAUGCCUUGAGCCAAACAUUGAAUGAACAUACUGAAAGUGGACAUGAUCUAAACUAUGCUGCACUGCAUUUCUCUGGAAGUAAAAGUGCAAGAGGAAGGAAGAAGAAGAAUGAACUGGAAACUGAGGAAACGGUGUAUUCUCAUAUCAAAAGCAGAGUGUGA